AUGGAUCCUGUAUCCCACGUCUUGUAUGCUCCAAUCGCAAUAAAAACCCGCAAAAAGCCUCGAAACAACUCUAAACCCCACCAAUCCGUCUUGGAACUCAGACCAGUCACCUUCUCCCACAAGCCCUCUAAAAAACGUCAUAAGACUCCAAAGGCAAGAAAGAAGUUCAAAUCGAGAAGGAUUCAAACUGACUUAAAAAGGACAGAAGUUGAAGGGAAAGCUUACUUGAAGGAGCUUGAUGAAAAGCUUGAAGAAAUACAAAAGAUAGCAAAAUUAGAUGAAAUCCGAAAGGAAGAAGAAAAGAAGAUUAAAAAUGAAGAGGAUUCAAAGGAGGAUAUUGAUGUAGAGACAAGAUUGCAGGAGAUUAGGGAUUGUUGUGACGAGUUUAGAGAGAUGCUAGGAAACUUUUCAAAGGAUAUUUAUGAGUCAGAAGUAUUUGAUUACUAUACUAAGAAAUUGCAAGAGGUAGAUGAUGAAGUAGUUAGAAUCUUCAAUGCUAUAACACAACCUCAUCAAGAAUCUGACAGAAAAACCAUGUUUGAUCUUGCUACAAAUCAGAUUAUUGAAGAAACUCCAACACAUUUUGUUCUACAGAGGGAGCAUAGAUCCGAAGUUCAGAAAUAACAUUCUAGCCUUAAUGUUUAAACUAGACUACCCCAACACUCUGCCCAUCAUCCUGCACACCCUAACCAUCAUCGUACCCGACCAGCCAAAUUUCUCCAAAUAACAUAGCUACCGACAUCUACCAUAUCCUCGAUUACUCCCUCCAGAGUUACUUCACUAUACCUCAGAUUGAAGAAGUUGUUAAGAAAUAUAAGAGAGAGGUGAACCAGGCUAGGGAUGCUGAGAGAGCAUCAGGAGUGGGAAGUCAGCAGGAAGAUGUGAAGGAAGAGAAUAAGGAGGAUGAUGAGUUGAAGAAUAUGGAGACAGGCAGUUUUAGAGCGAAGAGUGUGAGAAGUGAGAAGGUUGAGGAAGGAGAUGAGUGGAGUUGGAAGUUGACUUGUGUGAUUGAUUUUAAAGGAGCCCCUCCUGUGUUGAAGUUAGCGAAUCAAUAG